AUGAUUACUGCAAGCAAUGCUGGAGACCCUAAACCAGAGGAGACCCUUCGAACUCAGGCAAAGAAAUUUGCUCGUAUCACUGCUAUCAAUGAGCCUACCACCGCAAUCACAGCUCUCUCUAUUACUAAAGCUGUAUCAUCACUUGAUGAUAGACCUAAGCUCGUCAACAUCAAAGCCGUAAAGCAUGCUCUUGGUGGUCAGUACCUUAUACAUAUAUUCUUAGGCCCUGUUCCACCCAAGGAAUCUACCUGUCUAUAUGCCGUCUCUCCCAACCAUGUUAGAACAUUCUCUCCGCUGGGCCAAGACACCAAGACUUCUUGCGGUAAGUAUAAGGUCAACCAGGCAGCCAACAUGGAGGUUACGGGCCAGGUCCCUCUAACCAUUGCACUUACUAAGCGCUACUUCGCCGAUGAGUUAGAGAGUCUUUCUGAAGCCCAUAUCAUUAAAUACCUUUAG